AUGGGGUUAGCUUUGCUUCCUUUAAAAUUCCUUGCAGGAAAGGCAUUUAAAGGAUAUAAAAUUGACAUGGAAGAUCCGUACUUUGAAGAAGUACAGUUGGAAAAGAAAUCAUUUUGGGGCGGUAGUACCAAGCUGGUUAAACGUAAAGUGAAGAGGGCCAUACCAAAUUAUAUACCGGAACAUGACCGGGGUAUCCUCCAGCAUUUGAAAAAACAGGCAUAUGGAUUGGAUAUGCUAUUCGAUGUGUGCGGGGUACGCUUUGGAUGGUUGGGAGUUAUCGGCUUACUUCCUGUCGUUGGCGACGUUAUAGGUAUUCUUUUAUCCAUCAUAGUAUGGAAAAAAGCCAAUACAGUUCAAGAUGGUCUGCCAUUGAAAACAAAUAUGGGGUUUUUCUUGAAUAUAGCUUUUGACUUUGUAUUGGGAUUAAUUCCAAUUGUCGGCGCUGUCAUUUCCAUUGCCUACAAAGCCAACUCUAGGAAUGUUCUUCUACUUCAAAAACAUUUGGACAAAAAAUACAAGGCUAAGUAA